UGAGGGCGCUGUCAUUGUUGUUCUAGCUCGCGCCGUGCUCUGAUUUGACUUGCUAAAGUUUGAGCUUUGCGAACAAAAUGUAGUUUUUGUAGGUUUAUUCAAACCUGAGAUUCUACGUUCUGAAACAACUUAGGAGAUUGUGUUCUUUGAAGACUGAUGUGGCCAGACAGAAUGAUGUAUGGUAAUUUGUGCCCGCUGUAAAUUGAAGCAGUGAGUGUGGAGAAUCUUGUCUUGUCUGGUACUGCCAGACAAAUCGCCUCAUGAUCAGGUGGCUAUUAACGUACAGUUGUCCAAUCGAACUGAAAGGCUAACAGAAAAACCUGAACUGAAGAAAUGUCGAACUGAAGAAAGGAAUGUGGCAUUAAAAGAGUAAAUGUUCCACUAGUAUAGAGCAUGGUGUGGCUGAAACGUAGAAGAGUCCUAGUUUUGGCUUCCAUCUUCAUACUGACAUGGCUGGUGAUUAUCAUAUACACCCCGUCACCUUCAGGAAGUCAGAAAAAUGCAAACCACGGUGCCAAGCGGGGAGCCAGUCAACAAAAACCUCCCCAGAGCGGGAGCAGACGCUCAGGCAAAUUGCCCAGGAUUAGAAUCGUGGAUGUCGACGAAAAUCCAUCCAUAGACAAGGAGGAACAAAAGAUUGAGACGCAACUCCGAGAUGCAAGCCAAGAUUUCAGCGAUAACAAAAACUUAACGUUCAGCAAAAUUAAAAUUCUGGACGGGGAAAAUGGUGAUUCGAAAGCCCUGUUGAACAUUGAGCUAGACCUUAUACCUCAUGCGUUACCAGAGGGGGUGAGGACACAAGGUGCAAUAUGGAACUUGGCGGGGAGUUGGGUCAACUCUAAGCAAAUUACUCCCGCCGACAAUCCCGAUUUGGGGAUGGUUUUGAACGCUAUGGCAAACCGACCUAUUGUCAAGGCUGAUAUUGGUUACAAAGGUACACAGCUGAAGGCACGGCUGGAAUUAUCGGGAGGACAGUGGGUCGUCUUCAAACCUGGAAGGUACACAAGAGAUCAUGUCAUUGAUGGCACGCCAUACGCAGGGUAUGACAGACAUACGGGGGAGAUUGCUGCAUUCCAUCUAGACAGGGUUUUAGGAUUUCACAGAGCUCCCAUCGUAGUAGGGAGACGAAUCAAUCUUCGAACCGAAAUCAAGCCAGUGGCAUCACAAAGUCUACUAAAUACAUUCCUUAAUCGGGGAAACCAGACUUGUUUCUAUGGUAAAUGCUACUACUGCAAACCAGAGGAACCAGCCUGUGCUGAUGAGCAUGACAUGAUGGAGGGGUCGUUGACCUUGUGGUUGCCUAGAGACAAGAAGCUGAAGAAGUGGCACCAUCUGUGGUCCAGAACCUACAGGGACAACAAAAAAGCACAGUGGGAACAUGACAACAAUUACUGCCAAGGUGUCCUAGAAAAGUACCCACUAGAGAAACAUCGGCACAUUAUGGAUAUCCUAGACACGGCGGCAUUUGACUAUCUGAUCGGCAACGCAGACAGGCAUCAGUACGAAACAUUUGAAGCUGAUGGCGAUCAAGCGAUGCUGCUUCUUAUGGACAGUGCUAAGAGUUUUGGUAAUCCCCAUCAUGAUGAAAGAAGUAUCCUGGCUCCUUUGUAUCAAUGCUGCAAGAAAAACUGACUGGCUUCAUUGCAUGCAGUCUAUUCCGUCCUCCAUGAUUGCAGUCCGUAAUACUCAGUAUACUACAGGCAGUGGGCGUAGCUCAUUUGCAUAGAUUGUAAUAUUCAUACAUCUCACACGCUGCACAAAUCUCUAUGUGAGGCAUAGUCAAUUCGAAAAUUUCUUCCAACUGGAAGAGUUUUGUCGAGCGAAGUGGCAUUUUUUAAGUGUUACAAGUGCAGCCCUAAUAUUUGAAGCAGAAACACAUGAGUUUUGCAUGAUUUAGAUUAUUCACAAUCAUCUAAUUUCAAAAAGAAAACCGUGACCAACACGUGGAACCUUUCGUUAUAAGUCAAUGUUACUUUGACGAAACAAUAUUUGUCAUCUGUAUGGUUUAUGGGAAGAAUAUUCCCAAAGUACUUUUUUGGAAGUUUGUGAGGUCUUACUCACUUUGGGUUUCCUCAACACAGACUUAAAUGAAAUCAGAAAAAGAGACUUGUAUUUUAAACAUCAAUAAAAUGUCAACCAUCAUCAUCACACAAAGUCGAUGUAAUAAAGCUCAGUUUGAAGACUUACUAAGAUAAAUACAAACUGGUGUUGAGAUUAUGACAUGUUGAGGUAGAUGAUCUUGUGUAACUUUUGAAGUCGUCAGUCACCUGAGCCUAAUGAGCCGAUUUAACGACAGUGUCAUCGCCUAGACACCAGUAAUUUGAUUUGAUUUGGUAGGAUUGUUUUUGUCGGUAUUAAGUUGUCAUCCUGAUUUCAGGAAGUCAACUUUCCAGAUAAUCUAUAUCUGGGCAAGUUAUUAUGUUGACCUGGGGUACUCGACUUUUUGAGGUAAAUUUAGCUCGGAGGAAUCACGUCAUUUGCAUAUAUUUUAAUAUUCAUUUAUGCAAGCCGUUUUACAAUUGCCCAUGUGAGGCAUGGUCAACUAAGUUCUGAAAACUGGACAAUAAUGUCAAGCUGGACUCGAACUCACAGCCUGCAGCUUUACCCACAGACGACAAUCCAGUGCCCUUGACCACGAGGCCACAGCACUCCACUUACUUUCGAUUUGUUGUUUCCAACUUGUGAAUCCAGUCUAAGACUGAAGUUCGUAAUGUUUCGGUCAAGACAUUCCGUUUCUUCAAUUGUCACAUUCACACAAGUCUGUGAUGUGGACACCCAACUUUAGCAACACUCACACAAGCGCACAAAAAUCGACGAUAAGAUCAUCUUUUGAUGUUGUCAAAGUGUGAACAUGUUGCAAACAAUUAUAUAACAUGUCCGAAUCGUGAAUUAGUAGUCUCUUGAAUAACUGACGACGAUAGGUC